CUUCGCUACAUUUUCGUGUGUAUCACAGACACUAAUUUUAUAUUUUCCGUUUUUGACUUUUUGUCUCUAAUCAGCCUAAGCUUCUUUUCCUCAUCACACACGUACUCUCUCUCUCUCUUUAAUCCACGAUCUAGAAAAACAGCCUCGCCUCCCGUCGUCUCCCACCGACCAGCGCUAGAGUUUCCGGCCAUCGAUUUCCGUCGGCUGCUGCUUGGUGAGGCAUGCCCAGGUACUUUAUAAUGUGGCAGGGUACAAGGACGCAACUGAAUAUCAAUCUUUUGAUUGUUUUGAUGCUUAACUUACCUAUUUAGGAUGGAUACAGGGGUCUUACGUUGGAGCACGGAGGUAUUUUUGAGUUAUGAGGGAAGUAUUUUGAGAGAUCAAGAACUUCAUGCAGAAGAGUUCCAUUAAUGGAUAAGUCAGAUGAAGUCAUUUUCUCAUCUGUAUAAAUUACAUGGGGAAAGAUUGGACUGAGGCUGAGCUAUACUUCAAAAAUGAAGAAAAAGGGACCAAGGGUUUAAACUGAACUGAACCGACCAAAACUGGCCAAGAGUGGUUAGGUUAAAAAUCUGAAACCGAGGUAACCAACAGUGGUGAGACCAUGACUCUAUCAUCUGUACCCAAAACACUAUGUCAUUAGCAUCCUUCCCAUAGUAUUCUCCCUUAAGAGAUGGCUACAAGAUCUCUUCGGGUCAAUUCUAGGCGAUUACGGCCUAAAUAUCUUCUUUUUAUGCUUCUUAUGCUUGUCCCAAUCAGUGUUAUUACCAUUUUCAAUUAUGGGCAAAAAAUUUCUUAUUUCUUCCGCCCACUUUGGGACAAUCCUCCCCGCCCUUUUGUGCGCCUACCACACUAUUAUGCAGAAAAUGUGUCUAUGGAACAUCUUUGUCGCCUCCACGGCUGGUCUUUGCGAUCUGAACCUCGUCGUGUUUUUGAUGCCAUCAUCUUCAGCAAUGAGUUAGAUUUGCUUGAAAUUCGAUGGCAGGAGCUUUAUCCAUAUGUUUGGAAGUUUGUAAUCCUGGAGUCACAUACCACUUUUACAGGCAUACAGAAGCCAUUACUAUUUAAUGCAAAUAGAGCUAGAUUUGCGUUUGCAGAGAAUAAGACUGUUCAUGAUGUGUUUUCUGGAAAAAUUGCACCUCAUGGGUUGCAUAGAAACCCAUUUGACCUCGAAUCCCAGCAACGUGUAGCUAUGAAUGGAUUACUUCAGCGUGCAGGGAUUUCAAAUGGUGAUCUUUUGAUCAUGUCCGAUACUGAUGAGAUACCGAGCCCACAUACAGUGAAACUACUGCAAUGGUGUGAUGACGUGCCUCCUAUUGUCCAUCUUGAAAUGAGGAACUACAUGUACUCUUUUGAGUUCCCCGUGGACUACAGCAGUUGGCGAGCCACAAUUCACAUUUAUGGUCCACAUACUCACUAUAGACAUUCACGCCAAAGUGAACUUAUAUUCUCCGAUGCAGGAUGGCAUUGUAGCUUUUGCUUUAGGAAUAUUCAAGAUUUUGCAUUCAAGAUGACAGCUUAUAGUCAUGCAGACCGUGUAAGGCGGCGAGACUUCUUAAACUACUCCAGGAUACAAAAGCUCAUUUGUCAGGGAGAUGAUCUCUUCGAUAUGCUUCCUGAAGAGUACACCUUCCAGGAGUUGAUUAAGAAGAUGGGAUCAAUACCGCGCUCUUCGUCGGCUGUUCAUCUUCCUGCAUACUUAAUAGAGAAUGCAGACAAGUUUAGAUUCCUACUUCCUGGAGGCUGUAUAAGAACCUCUGAAGACAACAUCCCAGGGUUGAAUAGGCAACCGUAGGGUCCUCGAUCAGUAAUGUGGUCAUUUCUAAUCUUGUCCAGCUCAUUUUCGGGUAAAGUUUAGUUCUGCCAGAGAAUGUGAAUAGCACUGCAGGCUCUCUACUUUUAGUUUACUCGCAUCAGUACUAGAUAGGAGUAGACUGAUGAUUGAUAGUUGGUGGAUAUAGACAUUUGUUUUUGCUAAUAGGAAAGUGAAAAUUGUUAGCAAGAGCGAGUGAUGUUAUGGCGGAUGAUCAAUUGUUUAGUGUAUUGAAUUUUGCAUUAGAAUGCCAGACAGCGAUAGAUUGUUGUGCUGUAAUGGCCUGUACCUCUUGAUUGUUUAUUAAAAAUUGAUAUUCAUUUCAUUGUAAUGGUAUUGAAUCCACUUUCACAGGAAAUGUUAUGAGAUCUUCCUAGUGUAAGUUGAUGAAGAGAUUUGUGUUCAA